AUGAACUCUGCAUCGGAUGAGCACAUCGUCAACAAUGGCUUUGAUCUUGGACACUCUCCACCACCAGAUAAUAUUCUUGUUACAGUUGAAGAUGUUCCCAUCACACCAUCAUCAAUAAUUCCUCAAUCUACUCUGGAACGUUUUAAAUUUAAGAAUACAAUUACUUCCGGAGGUUCUAUUCGUAUCAGAGUUUCAAAUAAUGACAAGAAAUUUAUCAAGGAACAUGAUUGUGUAUCCGGAUUUAUUGAUGUAAAAUUAACAAGUACUUUGGAUUCAUCUGUAUCUAAAAAACUUGUUUUGAGAUGUAAAGCUUUUGAAAGACAUUCGAAAAAGAAUGAAAGCAAUGAAUAUGAAGUUGUAAAAGAACAUGUCUACUUUGUGGAUUAUAUGUUAAUUAAAGACUUUAUGAAUGAAGAUUUAGAUAUUGGACAACAUUCGUAUCCAUUCUCCUAUACUCUCCCAGAUAGAAUUCCUACUAGCACAUUCCACGAAAGACACGAUACACAAUAUUCUAUUUGUUACAAAUUUAAAGCCUUCUUAGUUACGGAACAACACGAAAUUAAAGUUAAUCAUCAGCACCAUGAACACAAUGCACAUACAUCAGUUGUUGCUGCUCAUCAUCCAAAGGAAAAGAAAGUUGUUAGUAAUGAACAAUCUUUGCAUACUUGUAAGAUUGAAAAAUCAUGCAUUCUCUUUGUGAGUGAACUCUAUCCUACUAUUGAAGGAGUUUCUGGAAAAUCAACCAUGCACUUUGAAACAUCUAAAAAGUAUUUAUUUAGUGCAAAAAAGCUGAAGGUUGGAUGUAAUUUUGCUAGAAAUACUUUCAGAAUGUAUGACGAUGAUAUCGUUUUCAGUCUUCAAGUUAAUAAUCAAUCAACCAAGACUGUGAACAGCAUCCAUGUUGCUCUUAUUCAAGAAUUUAGACAUAUUGAAACUGAGGAAAAGGAAGAAGGUGGAUUAAAGUUUUUCGAGAGCAAACCAGCUGAGGAAAAAGAAAAUAUUGUAAUGUUUGAGAAACAAAUUGAUAAGAUUGUUUUAUCUGAAGAAAAUUAUGAAACCAAGAUUACUUUUGAAAUUCCAUCCUAUCGUUCUAUAGAGUCAAAAGCUGAAAACUCUGAACAAUAUGAUAAUUUUGAAAAUAGAGCUUUUUGGAUGGCAUCUAUCAAUAACUCUAAACUCAUUCAAGUUAGCUACAAUAUUGUAGUUACAUGUGCUGUGGGUUUUGGUGCGGAUGCUGUUCUUACUUGUCCAAUUUAUAUUAAACCUUCAUUGACUGGGCUCAAGUAUCCAAAGAAGGAAUAA